UUGACCUCCUACUGUUCAAAAGUUUUCAAAAAAGAAAAUUGAAAUGGGAAACCCAGAAGUGAAAGGUGCUGUGACGUCGCUGUCGUCGAUGUUCCCAUCGGAGGAGGUGCAGAAGGCGGCAAAGAUGGUCGAAGAGAAACUUUCAGAGAAGCAGAAUGAAAUGAAUCAAUUGAAAGAAUUCGUCGCCAAUAACACCUCCCUCAUCAACCUCGUGCAAAAGCUCCCCGACGAACUCCACCACGAUAUUAUGGUUCCGUUCGGGAAAGCGGCGUUUUUUCCUGGUCGUUUGAUUCACACGAACGAGUUUCUGGUUCUACUAGGGGAAAGUUACUAUGCUGACAGAACAGCUAAACAAACUGUUGAAAUUCUAAAGAGAAGAGGGAAAUCAUUGAUUUCUAAAGUGGAUGCAUUGAAGGCCGAGAUGCAGGAUCUUGAAGCUUUGGCUUCAUUUUUCGAUUCCACUGCUUCUGAAGUUGCUGAGGAUCUUGUGGAGAUUAGAGAGUACGAGGAGGACGAUUCUACCGAAAGGGUAUCUCAAUCAGGACCAGUGGGACUAGAAUCCCCUAAUGUCGCUGAAGCAGAUAAUAAAGUGAGUGAAUCUGAGGAUGAUGGAUAUGCCCGUCUAAUGUCAAGGUUGGAAGAACUUGAGAAGUAAGAACUUGCAGCUGAAGAUGAUGGAGAGAGUGAUGAAGAUGAGGAUGCUAAUGCUAAUGCUACUGAAACUGAUGGUGAUGAAGAUGAGCUAACUGAAGCUGCUUUUCACAG